AUGCCUCAUCCUCUGCCGGUACCGUUGCCAUCGCUGGAUACCUCACGUGUGCUGGAGUCUACCCUUCUGCCUGCUGUGUGUCUUCCUUCUCCGAAUCCGGUCUCCUUGGAUGGUGGUGGCUUUUUGCCCCGCAUCGUUGAGGCUGCAGUUCUGCGUGAUCGAGCUGCCCCGGCUUUGGGGCCGCCUGCCGAUGGUUCUUCUGGGGCACCGCUUGCCCCUGCAAACACAGGCCGUUCAUCGUCGGAACUGUUACCCCCUGGUAACAGUUCCGACGAUGAACGGCCUAUUUCUAAGAGCCGUCGUUCGGCUCGGGAUGCGUCACCUCGCCGGACGUGGGCAGAGGAGCGUGAUGCGUUGGAUGAUUUGAGUGACGUUCUGCCGCCUCCUGUGGUGCCUUCUGUGUUGGACACUGUGGCCCCUGCUGGAGGCUCUCCUCAGUGGGCGGUUGCCCUUGGUGACCGCGACCCCGUCGUGGUGUUGUCAAAGGAUGUGCGGCGGGGGGACUCUGCUCCUGUUCUGGUUGGCGGGGGCCCUGGGGCGCCUGCAGAACCACCCUCCGCGGGGUUCGGUGCGGUGCCCGAUGUGGAACGACGUGUGCACCCUAGUGUGCGGCCCGAAGUGCGGCCUUCGCCCACUCUACUGGUAUCUCCUGCUUCCUCGGCGGCGAUGUCACUGCCUCCCGUGUCGGGUUCUUCGUCUUCGGUGUCCUGUGCUUGGAGGCGACCGCCUCUGCCGGAUGUGGUGGUCCCCGAGUUAAUGGAGUACCCGCGAUAUCGUGUGGGCCGUGCCCCUAUGACCCAGGAGUAUCUGAUAUGUGAGGCUUAUAAGCGGAGGUAUCCGCAGUUUACAUACCCUGAGAAAUAUCCUCCUGUUUGA